CUCUUUCCGCUCCAAUCAUUCCCCACCGUGUUCCCUUUGGACCAUUCUUGCUCUGUGGGCCCCACCCCCCAUCUCUCUCUAUCUCUCCCCCCAGGAGAGAGAGAGUGUUCCUUUUCUCUCUCUAAAACAUUUACUGGUGUUCCGGCGGGAGAGAAGGAAGUGAAAGAGUAGACGAAAGCAAUUCCUCUGCUUCUACGGAACUGAUGUUUUUCAUUUCUUUGUUGGGUUCUUGUUGUGACUUGUGAAAUCAUCUCUCACUCCUCUUGACUUCUCUUUUCCACCAAGCCCUGGAUUUUUUCUUGCCCUUUUUCUUUUGCCUUUCUCUAUUUCUCUCUUACAUCUUCUUUUCUCGCAGUCAUCAGUCACCUUCAUCCUGCUGAUGAGGAAGUAGUCCAAAUGGAGCAACCACCGAAAAAUUUCAUUCCAGGUCCUUCAAAAAUACCAUUGAUGAGCUCUCCAGGAAAAGAAAAAACUGCAUGGAAACUUCCUAGUGGAAGUGAUGCGUAUCAUGCGUCUACUGAUGUUAGCUUGUUUUCUACUUCACUGCCUGUACUUUCACAUGGGAAAUUUAAUUUUAAUGGAUCAGAACGAAGUGGUCAGUUACUUGAUGAUGACUUCCCUAGCCUUAGUAAACUAAACCUUGAAGGUGAGGUAAAGGAUCCACUUGAAGACAUUGAACCAAGUAUGAUCGGAAGCAAUCUUCCUGGUGAUGAAGAUGAACUUUUAGCUGGUCUUAUGGAUGAUUUUGACCUCAGUGGGUUGCCAACUCAACUUGAGGACUUGGACGAUGAUUUGUUUGGAAGUGGGGGGGGAUUCGAAAUUGAACCUGGUAGUCCAGAGAAUCUGGUGAAUGGUAUAUCAAGGUCAAGUACAUCUGACGGUAUUAAUAUUAGCAAUUUUUCUCAUUAUGGUUUCGCAAAUGGAGUUGGAACUGUUAGCGGCGAACAUCCAUAUGGAGAGCACCCUUCAAGGACAUUAUUUGUUCGGAAUAUCAACAGUAAUGUAGAGGACUCUGAGCUUAAGUCUCUCUUUGAGCAAUAUGGAGAUAUCAGAACGCUUUAUACUGCAUGUAAGCAUAGGGGAUUUGUGAUGAUAUCUUACUAUGACAUAAGAGCUGCUCGGAAUGCAAUGCGUGGAUUACAAAAUAAGCCCUUGAGACGGAGAAAACUUGAUAUUCAUUUUUCAAUUCCAAAGGAUAACCCAUCUGAGAAAGAUAUUAACCAAGGAACUUUGGUGGUGUUCAAUUUGGAUGCUUCUGUAUCCAAUGAUGAGCUUCGCCAGAUAUUCGGAGCUUAUGGGGAAGUUAAGGAGAUAAGGGAAACACCUCACAAACGACACCAUAAGUUCAUUGAGUUUUAUGAUGUUAGAGCUGCAGAGGCAGCUCUGAAGGCUUUAAAUAGAAGUGACAUAGCUGGGAAGCGAAUAAAGCUUGAACCUAGCCGGCCUGGUGGAGCCCGUCGGAGCUUAAUGCUGCAACUGAGUCAAGAGCAGGAGCAAGAUGAAGUUCGAUCUCUCCGGCACCAAGUUGGGUCCCCCAUACUAAACUCUCCUCCAGGUAGCUGGCCAAAUUUUGGCAGUCCAGUUGAGCAAAAUUCCUUGCCUGGUUAUAGUCAGAGACCGAGCUUAGGUGGGCUCAGCCCUGUAGGAAGCAAUCACUUGUCUGGUUUGGCCUCUAUUCUUCAUUCUCACGGAUCAAGUCCUGUCAAGAUUGCACCCAUUGGCAAAGAUCCUGCAAGGAUAAACCAUUUAAACCAGGUAAUUUCUUCGACUAGUACCAUGCAUGGAGCGGCCUAUCAGCAGCAUUAUUCUGUUCCAGAUCCCAAGUUAAGUUCAAGUCCUGGACCUGUGUCGUCACUUAGUGAUUCCAGGCCAUCUAGUGUUGGAACACUUUCUGGUCCUCAGUUUCUUUGGGGGAGUCCCACUAUUCACUCAGAGCAGAACACGUCGUCUGCCUGGUCGUCAUCACUGAAAGCUCGCCCAUUUCCAUCUAGAGGGCGGGGGAUUGGUUUUCCAUACACUAGUCAGCAUGGCUCUUUCCUUGGUUCACAAUAUCAUCAUCAUGUCGGAUCUGCUCCAUCUGGUAUUCAACUGGAAAGACAUUUUGGAUUCUAUCCCGAUUCACCUGAUACAUCCUAUAUAAACCAGGCAGCAUUUGGAGUCCCAAAUUUUGGUCAUGGUAACGGGAAUCCUCCGGUGAAUAUUGGUGCCCCUGGCGCUAUGAACAUAGGAGUUGCAUUUGCUGGAAGUUUCACUGAAAGUGGCUCUCCUAGUUCUCGGAUUAUGUCAAUGUCUAGAAAUGGUCCUAUUUAUUUUGGCAAUGGUUCGGUCGGAGGCAUGGGAGCAACCAGCAAUGAUGGAAUAAUUGACCGUGGUCGAAGUAGAAGGGCGGAUGGUGGAAGUCAGAUGGAUAACAAAAAACAGUAUCAACUUGACUUGGACAAGAUCAUAAAUGGCGAAGAUGUUAGGACUACUUUGAUGAUUAAAAACAUUCCCAACAAGUACACUUCAAAGAUGCUUCUUGCAGCUAUUGAUGAAACACACAAGGGUACAUACGAUUUUCUCUAUUUACCAAUAGAUUUUAAGAAUAAGUGCAAUGUUGGGUACGCGUUCAUCAACAUGGUGGCUCCUCCUCACAUCAUCACCUUCUACGAGGCGUUUAACGGGAAGAAAUGGGAAAAGUUUAAUAGUGAAAAAGUUGCUUCAUUGGCAUAUGCAAGAAUCCAGGGAAAGACUGCUCUUAUCUCGCACUUUCAGAAUUCAAGUUUAAUGAAUGAAGACAAGCGAUGCCGACCAAUUGUUUUCCAAUCUGAGGGCCAAGACAAUGGUGAUCUGGACGCUUUCCCGACCGGCAACCUGAACAUAUUUAUCCGUCAGCCAGACGGAUCUUAUGCUGGAGAUUCUCUGGACAGCCCAAAGGGGUGCGAUCCAGACGAAAAGUGAUGGGAACUGGAAUUGCUGAUUCUCAACAAGAAUUGGUGGGGAAGUAUGUGCUAACUUUUGUAUAGUUUCUCGUAUAUAAAAAAUCUCGUGUUAAUAGUGAACAGAUUGCCUAUAUCAUUACUCUUCUAGUGACGAUGUCCACUUUUUGUGAUGUAUGCUCGUUUCACUCUUGGAAGAAUGUUCAACGAGGCGUGGGCAGCCUUUUGUCUAUGUAUAUGAGUACAACUGAUUAUUAACAAAAGGGAUAGGUACAAGGUGAAGCAUCUGCUGAUAUGCAAACAGUUCUACCGCCAUACGCUUUGCUUCUCCUCCCUUUUCUCGUCAAGUCCUUUUCGUUUCCUUCAAUUCUAGCAAAUGUAUAGUAUUUUAUUUAUAGAGCUAGCCGAGCAUCGGAACAUGUAUAGAUAUAAGUGUAUAGUAGGUUCAAUGAAAGGACGUCGAACAUGUGUCCGUCUUGAUGUGUUGUAGUACUAAGGGAAUUAUGGAUUUAUGAGAUGAAUGUGGACUAUUUUCUAUA